AUGGCCUGUCCUCUGCUGACAUCACCGAAUAAGCGGGCGCUGCGAAAGUCCGUGACGGCGACUCUGCGCUCGUUACCUCCGACAGACGUACAGGAACAAUCUCAUGCGAUUGCUGCUCGUGUCUUGAGCUUACCAUCAUUUGCAAAGAGUAAGACCGUGAGCUGCUAUCUCAGCAUGCCCACCGGCGAAGUGGAUACUUCCCCCCUCGUGUCAGAGAUCCUACGAGCAGGGAAGUCAUUGUUCGUCCCGAAGAUCGACCGCUCCACCGAAGGACGCAUGGAGUUCCUCAAAGUCUAUGGAGAGGAGGAUCUCCAGCCCUUCCCUAGCGGUCUAUGGGGGAUUCGAGAGCCGGAGCACACCUGGGGCGAACAUCGGCGGAUGAGUGGCGUUGCCUUCGAUAGGUCCUUAUCGCGCCUGGGGCAUGGGAAAGGGUACUACGACCGAUUUAUCACCAGGUAUACUUUGCUUGCGGGGCGGCAAAGGCCACUGCUAGGUAAGGUGGCUCUGGCUUUGCGCGAGCAGGUCCUCGAGGACGGACAAGUGCCUACUGCAGACCAUGAUUGGAAGAUGGAUUUGAUCGUUAGUCCCGACGGCGUCAUCGGCCAAGAUGGCAGCAGAUAGAUUUACGAGACGGACGGUAUCACUUUCUUCGAUGAAGAGUCACACUCGCAAUCACCCCAAUCGUCCAUGAAGCCCCUGUAGAUCAACGUGUGGUCCGUGCACCGUACCCUGUCAUUUUCGUGCGUCCAUGAAAAAUAUGGUAUUCAAUAAUCCCAGGACGUUCUUUUCUGCUGUUUGCCAUUC